GGAGGAAUUGGUAUAUAUAGUGAGGGUACCUGCUUCUUCUUUUGUGAUGAGAUUUUUGGUAUUCGGACUUUCAACGCAAAAUAAUAAAUAAGAAGUUACUUCCAUUUUUGUUAUUCUUUCAAUUGACGAUUCUAUUAAUCAACUUGGAAAUACUUCGAGACUUUGAAUCUUCAAACCAAAACGAAAACCAAAACCCAAACCCAAACCCAAAUUAACAAUGGCUCCAUCAACAUGUUGUAGGAAGGGAGAUGGUGCUGAGAGUGGCUGUGUUUGUGGUAUGUUAUUACUUAUUUAUUUUUUAUUUCUUUCCUUCCCUCCCCUUUUCGUUCCAUGCCCCCUCCAUUCAUCACCCAUCUUCCUCACUCUACAUCUCACAACAACCCUCCUAUAUUUACAUCCCCAAAAACAAACGAAACAUAACUAACUCCCCAACAGCAACCCAGGCAAAAUGUUCCUGUGGCGAAAAGAAAGCUCUAGAGUGUACAUGUGCCCAAGCCGAGAGCGAAAACAAGAUCGAAGGUGCUAGAUGUAGUUGUCGUAUGUCUCCCUUUUGGUGAUUCUCGAACACAAUAACUAACACCAAAAUGAAAUAGGUGCUCGUGCAGCUGGAGCUUGUACUUGCGAGCGUUCUACAGAGGAAAAUAAAGUUCCCUCGGGUGAACUUUGUGGGUGUGGUGCUAGACCUGUUGGUAUGUAUUUUUUUUUUGCUUCUUUGAUCCGGUUUUUCUUUUCUUGAUAUGACAUUGGAAUUAGUCUAAUGAUGUUUAGAUGCUUGUACUUGUGAAAAGGCUACAGAUGGUGGAUUACUUCCUACAGAGACGGAUUUCACUACUAAGGCUUAGAUGAAAGUUCUUGGUUGAGUGGGAAUUUGGGUGGCGUUUGUGGUUUGGGGGAUUGGGUUGGGUUUGAUUGGCGUUGAGGUUGGGGAUGGGAAGGA